AUAUGUAAUAUUGCAUAACAAGCCUCCUCAUUUUAAGAAUAAUACUCCGCCUUUUCUGAAUGUGACAUACGGAGUUAAUAGUUCUGUAGAACUUGACUUGAAGCAGUACGUAGCUGAUGACUUCGAUAAACCAGGAAGUAUGAAAUACAGCGUAAAAACAGACAUAAAAAAUUAUACAUUAGAAAACGGCCGUUUUAGCUGGAUGAUUGGAACAAAUUUAAGGUACAGCGACGCAAGUUUGACAUUUUCUGUGAAUGACACGCUGGGAUUUUCAGCGGCAAGGCAAAUGACAAUUCAUUAUUGCGGAUGUGAAAGCCCGUCACAGUGUGAUUUUGGUUCGUUUAAUGGAAAUUCUUCAGCGAAUACAAUGAAGGCAUCCUGCAAGUGUCCUGCAUAUUACGUAGGCUUUUACUGUGAAAUACGUUUAGAUCCGUGUAAAGAUUACACAUGUUACGAUACCUGCAACGGAUCUUUUAAUCGCAGUAGUCAAGUGUGGCCGUGUGCAGAUUGUCCAGCAGGACGAAGAAGUCUGAUCGCCUCCUACAAUCAAACUUGUGAAAAUAUAAACGAGUGUGCAGUUGCCCCUAACCCUUGCGGACAAAUUUGUAAUGACACGGAAGGAUCAUACAAAUGUUUUUGUGAAGAAGGCUUCACGUUAAAUAUAGAUAGUCAUAAAUGUGACGAUAUAGACGAAUGCGUGUUACCGUCACCAAAAUGCACAGGAGAGAAUGAGGUGUGUCUGAAUACCGAAGGCAAUUUUAGUUGCAUUUGUGUGCCAGGAUAUAGCAAGAAAAAUGGUGUCUGCAAACAAACAGGGGGUUCCGCAUAUGUUGGACAUGUGUCUUUUACUAUCUUGGCGGCAGCUCAACAUGUUUCUGAAAUAAACAGGACUAUUGAUACUUAUGAAAACAGAAAAGAUGUCCAAGACAAGCUUGCAGCAAGAUUUAAUAACACGAAGGGGUUUUUGAGUUUGGAAGUUUUUCGACUGAGUUUGAUAAUCAACCAGGGAAAUCAAAUAAGACCUCGGGCUGGUCGGUAUGAUGUUCGUGCAGAUUACGUUGUUCACUGGAAAAAUGGAACUGACAUUAAAAAUAUAGAUCUAAACGAAUGCGACGCCUUUAAAAAGAAUGGUACAAUUGGAGAGCGAUGUAUACAUGGUUUCUGUUAUAACAGUGUAGAAUCUUGGAAUUGUAGUUGUCCAGCUGGCAGACAAUGGCAAGACGUUGGAAAUGCAACAUAUCCAGUCUACCGAUGUCAAGGUGAUACCACCAAAGAUCAUAUGCAGCUAGAGGAUGUAAUUCGUGUUUCCUGCUCUGGUUCUCAAUGGAAUAUUAGCGUUAGUAUGGACAAAUUACAGUUGUUAUAUCCUGGGAUUCGACCCCAAGAAAUUUUCUUUGGACAAACCAAUUGUCAAGGUACACUGGAAAAUACCAUGUUGAGGUUCAAACAAAGUCUACGUAUGUGUAUGACCACAGAAAAGACUUCCAACAAAAUUGUCACCUACAACAACAAGUUAUUCUAUGCCAUUUUAGACCCCAUUAAUCCGUUUUUGAUUCGGCAGCAUAUUUGGACAUUUGCUGUUGAAUGUGAUGUUAUGCGGAGUGGCUUAGGAUCAUCUCAUCUGCACCACAGUAUUGAAACCCAUAAAGCUACAGCUGUUGAACAAUACAAUGUAAGUGUAGAGCUUUUCAGUGACCAAAACUUCAUGCAGCCUGAGCACACUUUUGGGGUUGGCGACGACAUAUACGUAAAGGUGUCUACGACGUUGGCGGAUUGGAACAUUAAAAUGCGGCUACACACCUGUUAUACAAAACCCUUUAACAAUGUUGCUCAAGAUAAAGAUGUUAUGCUGAUCAGUGAUGGAUGUGAAGUUGAAAGCAGUACCCAUAUAAUUUCCCAGUCAACUCAUGAGACAAAAUUCGUGUUUCAGGAUUUCGAAUAUGUCUCAAAUGACGAAGGGUUAUAUAUAUUCUGUAAUGCAACAUUCUGUGAUUCUAAGGAUUAUUCUGCUGCCUGUGUACAAACAUGUAGUCAAACUCCAACGUUUGUCGGUUAAGACGUAUUUGCGAUGUGGUUAAAUUUAUCCAGUUAAGGAAAACAUUUAUUGUUAAUAAUAAAUUGAAAUUUAAUUUAUUGAAAACUAAAGCAGAUUUAAGUACUGUCAAACUUGUGUUUUACAGUUAGAUGACUGCUUAAGACAGAAAUUAGCACAAAAACUCAAAACUCAAUUUGGGAUGUUAGCUGACUGUCUCCUUAUGGCAAGUGGCUACUAAAUACGAUGACUGCUGAUAAUACUUUAUGAACAUGCCUUUGUAUUUGCCUAAAUACAACUAGACGUAGCUCGUCAGAAAAUCAUGAAAUUCAUUGUGCACAUGUUGUUUCUGACUAGUUCCAUAGCAAACGAGUUGUUUUGACAGUGGAAAGGUUUCAAUGUACGUAUCGUUGUUUAUAAUAAAUAUUUCUUAGUAGCAUAACCUGA